UCUAAAGCCCUCGGCAUUACGGCCUUCUAGUUUUGUGCUGCACCUUCAACUUGAGAGUUGUGCAUCUCAAACACAAGAGAGCUCCACGGUAGUUCUCCUGCUCGCAACCAUGGCUACCACCACAAAUGCCGCCGCUGCUCCUCCGCGUCAGCUCUCCCAGAAGGAAGCUGAUAUCCAGAUGAUGUUGGCCGCCGAGGUCCACCUCGGUACCAAGAACUGCAACUUCCAAAUGGAACGAUAUGUGUUCAAGCGCCGCAACGACGGGAUCUACAUCAUUAAUCUUGGAAAAACAUGGGAGAAGCUUCAGCUUGCUGCCAGGGUUAUUGUUGCCACUGAGAACCCUCAAGAUAUCAUUGUUCAGUCUGCUAGGCCUUAUGGUCAGAGAGCCGUUCUCAAGUUUGCUCAAUACACUGGGGCCCAUGCACUUGCCGGGAGACACACUCCUGGUACAUUCACAAAUCAGCUCCAAACCUCUUACAGUGAGCCUCGCCUUCUAAUUCUAACUGAUCCAAGAACGGACCAUCAGCCCAUCAAGGAAGCUGCUCUUGGAAAUAUUCCAACCAUUGCCUUUUGUGACACUGAUUCCCCUAUGCGAUAUGUUGACAUUGGGAUUCCUGCCAAUAACAAGGGGAAACAUAGCAUUGGUUGUCUCUUUUGGCUUUUAGCAAGGAUGGUGCUGCAGAUGCGUGGUACUAUUCGUCCAGGGCUUAAGUGGGAUGUGAUGGUGGAUUUAUUCUUCUAUAGGGAGCCUGAGGAAGCCAAGCAACUAGAGGAAGAGGAGGCGCUUGCUGUCCAAAAUUAUGCCGCUGCAGAUUUUGGUGCUAGUAUUGGUGCCAUUGCUGAUGGCCAGUGGCCUGUUGCAGCUGAUCAAUCAUGGACUGAACCAGUAGCACAACCUAUUCCAGCAGUUCCUGGUGUCAGCUGGACCUCAGAAGCUGCAGUAGGGAACUGGGGUGAAGCCGUCCCACCUCCACAAGCACCUGUUUCCGGAGUCGAGAAUAUUCCUGCUAGCGGCUGGGAUUAACUUCAUACAUAAGUUUUGAUUGUCCUUUUUGUUUUUGUUUUUGUUUUUUGGGUAGGGAAGGUAACGUUUUGUGGUGCGUCACUUGUCUGAGUCUUAGUGAUACACGUGACAUUCUCUAUUUACAAAAUCUAUUUUUCUAGGCUGAUAUAAAUGUUGGAUGAUGGCUUUAGUUCACAUAAAAUGACGUGCUGAGUAUUUUUGUUUAUGAUUUUCUCGGAAAUAAGAUUAGAGUAGAAGUUGGUUUUGCA